AUGUCGAACAGUGAAACUGUGCCGCUUCUUGCACCUGAGACAUCAUGCACAUACCGAACAUAUCCGCAACGCUUUUACGUUCUUUUUGUAUUUUUCUUACUUUCAUUCAAUCAAAAUAUCAUUUGGUUAACAUUCUCUCCGAUUGCACGAAAUGCCGAAAAGUAUUAUCAAAUGAGUGAAGCCACUGUUGAUCUCCUUCUCAAUUGGCAGUCAAUUUUGUUCAUUCCGUUUCUUCCUCUAGCCUAUAUCCUGUUAAAUAAGCAGCAUGGACUUCGUAAAUGUGUCAUGUUAGUUGCCACGUUGAUUUUUAUUGCGACAAUACUUCGUCUUAUACCAUUGAUUAUCAGUCAUCCAUCGAGUCCGCAUUUUCAUACGAUUUCGAUGCCAUUUCUGCACGCCGGUCAUAUUCUGAAUGCAAUCUGUUAUCCAUUAGUGACAGCACCUGUAUCGCAGCUGUCAUGUGAAUGGUUUGGUUUAAAUGAACGUACCCGAGCAACAACUAUUGCCAUCAUUGCGAAUAAUUUCGGAGGAACGAUCGGCUAUGUCAUUAGUCCUUUUAUUGUUUCUUCACCUGAAUGCGUUCCUCGUCUUCUCUACAUUCAUCUGGGUCUAGCAUUNGCCGGUCAUAUUCUGAAUGCAAUCUGUUAUCCAUUAGUGACAGCACCUGUAUCGCAGCUGUCAUGUGAAUGGUUUGGUUUAAAUGAACGUACCCGAGCAACAACUAUUGCCAUCAUUGCGAAUAAUUUCGGAGGAACGAUCGGCUAUGUCAUUAGUCCUUUCAUUGUUUCUUCACCUGAAUGCGUUCCCCGUCUUCUCUACAUUCAUCUGGGUCUAGCAUUUGUUGCUUGCGUUAUGACAUACUUAUAUUUUCCAGCCCGUCCACCAACCCCUCCAUCACCUGCUGCUCAACAACUUGCGCUCAGCAUCAAUGAAGAAAGUAUUUCGUGGAAGAUUCACUUCAAACACAUCUGGCAAUGUUUAAAAACACCUUCGUUUUUACUUAUUUGUAAUGCGGGUAGUUUUUCCUACGGGAUAUUCAAUGUCUGGGUUGGCCUUUACGAUGUUAUUCUUAUACCUCAGAAUUUCACUGAAAUCGAGACGGGUUGGUUUAGUUUUGGUUCAGCUCUCUCGGGUAAUAUUGGUGGUCUCGCUUUUGCCGCACUAGCCGACACAGGUCCUUUUCGACGCUCAUUCAAAUUACUUCUUAUUAUCGCUUGUAUCGGCUGUUUUCUAUCGCUUGUUUGGUUUAUAUUGAUGGUUCCGACGUAUUUCUACAGUCAACUGAUUCUUUCAUCGAACGCCUUAACCAUUGGUCUAUCGUUAGGAUUGGCUGGCAUGUUUCAAGGUGCCGGACUACCAUUGUUCUAUGAAGCUCUGGCGGAAAUUAUGUUUCCUCUGCCGGAAUCGUUAUCAGCAUCGAUUCUCGUUCAAUGGAGUAAUGUCAUUAGUCUUACACUGCUAUUCAUAGCACCUAGUCGAGGCAAACUUGUGAAUUUCAUUGUACUUAUAACCAGUGCUUUGUCGCUGAUAAUGGUGUUAUGUGCACGAUUUUCCUACAAAAGGCGCGAUGAAGAUGAAAAGAUCCAGGGCAUAGAAGACACAUCAACUAAGUCAGCAGAUAGUCUUAUCAAUGAAACAAGAUAUGAAACACCUUCUAAAGAUAUUACGGAAUCUUAG